AUGUGCAGAGCCUGGAAAGAGGGGAAAAUCCUAGAAAGACCUGAUGGGUCACUUUCGAAGGAUUCUUACAAAGCAAAGCGGAAGAGCUACCGCCUGGAGAAGCAGCGAGUUGCAAAUGAAUUGGUGACUGCUUUGCAAGAUCCAGCUAUUGUCAUUUUGGCAGAUUGGCUGAAAGUUCGUGGAUCACUCAAGGGUUGGACGAAGCUCUACUGCGUUCUCAAACCAGGACUCCUUCUCCUCUAUAAAAGUGAUAAGCUCAAGAGCAACCACUGGGUGGGCACCAUCUUACUUAGCAGCUGUGAGCUGAUUGAGAGACCAUCCAAGAAGGAUGGAUUCUGUUUCAAGCUCUUCCAACCUCUCGAGCAAUCCAUCUGGGCCACCAGAGGGCCUCAGGGUGAAACUAUGGGUGCUGUUUGUCAACCUCUACCGACAUCUUACUUGAUCUUCCGAGCACCAUCACAAGCAGCAGGGAAAUGUUGGAUGGAUGGUCUGGAGCUGGCUCUCCGUUGUUCAUCUCUGUUAAAGCGAAGCUUGGGACAGGAAACCCCUGAGCUCAAUGGGUCACAGGAUGACCCUGGCCUUGAUGUAGAGGCCAUGUCUAUCCCAGAAAUGCUGGAUCCACAAGAGGCUGCAUGCCUGCCAGUUCUAGUUCUAGAUGAUGCUGAUGCUGAAAAGCACUUCAAGGGAUAUGGCCUUGAAGAUGAUGGUGGGAGUCACACUGAUGAAACUCAAGAAUUGCGACACUCUGAGACUGAAACUGAUUCUGAUAAGUCUUCUUUGCCAAAAGAAGAUGGUGCUAGCAUCGGGGCAGAGGAAGUCCUAGAGCAGUGUUACCAACCUCAUGAGACUCUAUAUGUGUCUGCACCUGAGGAAGACCUUGUCCAUAUUGGAGAGUCAGGGUCUGGGCAAACGGAGGAAUUGGCAGAAGACAAUCGCUCAAUUCUCUGGUUUCUCUUGAAACAAGUGAGGCCUGGAAUGGAUUUGUCACGUGUUGUUCUCCCCACAUUUAUCCUUGAACCUCGCUCAUUCCUUGACAAGCUCUCCGAUUACUACUACCAUUCUGAUUUCCUUGCCAGGGCAGUUAAUGAAAAUGACCCAUUCAAGAGGAUGAAGGAAGUUGUACGUUGGUACAUGUCUGGAUUCUAUAAGAAGCCUCGUGGGUUGAAGAAGCCAUAUAAUCCAAUCCUUGGGGAGACCUUUCGUUGCUAUUGGCUUCAUCCAAAUGGGUCUAGGACAUUCUACAUUGCUGAACAGGUGGGAGUCUUCGACCCGGGAUUUCAGAUCUUAACUGAAGACGAAAUUGUGGACUCCGUGAAAGCAGAAGCCACUGUUGAAGGUGCAAAAGAUGAAGAAGCAUGCGAUGAACAGGACAACAAAGGCCCUACACAUGCUGAGGCAUUUGCUGCAUUCGAAACUGUCAUGGCAUGGUGUGAACAACAGACAAAGCUGGUGGUAUCACACCAUCCUCCUGUGACAGCAUGUUAUGUGUCAAACCGUAAGGAAGGCUUCACUGUGAGUUCAUCCAUCCUGGCUAAGAGCAAGUUCUAUGGGAACUCCACAUCAGCCAUAUUGGAAGGGAUAGCACGGCUCACACUUCUUCCAAGGGGUGAAGAAUACCUCAUGACAUUGCCAUAUGCCCACUGCAAGGGUUUGUUCAUGGGCACCCUCACCUUGGAGCUUGGUGGGAAAGUGAACAUCAGCUGUGACACCACUGGUUACUGCACCGAACUGGAAUUCAAGCUCAAGCCAUUUCUGGGUGGAUCAGAGAGUGUGAAUGCAAUAUCUGGGAAGAUUUCACUGGGAAAGGAUGUGCUUGCAACCAUCCAGGGUCAUUGGGAUGGCCAGAUAACCAUCAGGGACAAAAGACUUAAGAUGAAAGAAGUACUCUGGAGCCCAACAGCAGAGAUGCGAGCACAGCGACUGAAGCGAUUCCUCGUUCCUUUAGACCAACAAGGCCAAUGGGAAUCUGAGAAGCUCUGGUUACAAGUCUCUGAGGCAAUUCGAGCUAAUAACCAGGAGUGGGCAACUGAGGAGAAGACAAAACUGGAAGAUCAGCAGAGAAAUGGAGCCAAGGAGAGAAAGCUGAAGGGAGAGGAGUGGGUCCCUGUAUACUUUGAACAAGAUCGCCUCCUUGGAGAAUGGGUAUACAAGCAUGCAGACCAUCGUCCAUGGGACCAAAGUACAGAUGUCUGUCAGUAUGAAGAUAAUUAUGUGAUUCACACUCACACUCGCUUGCAAGGAGCUCCCCUUGUCAAAUCAGGCAGUCUCAGCCUGCAGCACUUGCUGGAUGGAGGAGUGCCAGGAGUGACCUUCCAAGAAGAAGAUGAUACGGGGACUUCAGAAAGUGAUGGUCUUGUAUCUGGUAUCCCAAAACUGCGACAAAGACCAAGGGGGUCUUUAUCUAAGCUCACCUCAGCAUUGAUUUCUGCACCCCCUGUCAGUAAUGAUGCACCACGUUUUAGUGAAUCUUCACUUGGUGUGGAUCCCUCUAGGCUCAAGUGUCUUGGUGAAGGAAGGGAUGAGAUCCAGAAGCACCUGGCUCGUCUUAAUUUCAAAUUGGAUGAACUUCAGCGGGAUGUUGGGAGUCGAAACCUCUGGCGAGAAGCCCUGCUCCUCCUCCUCUUUUCCAUCUUCCAGGCCAUCUUCCUCAAGUGGCUCCUUCGCACAUGAGCUACAAAUACUCAUUCAUCUGCAUGGGCACUAAGCUAAUACUCCCUCUCUUCUCUUCCAUUCUGUUCCACAUGCACACAAAGCACAGUCUCUUGCAUUCCAGUCAAUGUGUGCUACUUAUUUUCUUCAGAAAAUAUAAAUCUCAAGACACAUUCCUUCCUCCUGAAUCUUCCAGAGCCCUCAAUUGAACACUAUGCAUAAGAUUUUUAAAAAAAUAUGUAAAUGUACUGUUGCUCUUUCUCUCAAGUAAUUUUUUUCUUUUUUGUUGAUACUUUGAUAUUUUACCGAGUACUGUCCUAAUCCCAG